CUCCUUCGCCUGCACAACUGAUCUUCUCUCUCCUCUGCUCUCAUUCUCUCUUCUUCAUAUAUUUUUUCUUUCUUCUGAAACGAGAGAUUCGAGUGAUUUUUAUGAACUACUAGUGUUUUUUUUUUCCGUGAAGUAAAAGAGAAAGGGUAACUUUUCAAUUUGAUUUCAAGAAAAGCCAAAGAAAAAAAAAAAUCUUUAAUAUAAUCUGUUUUGCAAUGGUUUUGUUUUGUGAAAUUUUUCUCGGAGAAGAAAGUAAUUUAGAAGACGGAGAGUGGCAAAACGAUAGAUAAAAAAAAACAAAUAGUAUUCCAAUUUCUUUUAAGAAAAAAAAAGUUUUUUUCUCUUUUUAAAAACCCUUCCUCUGUUUCAGAAACAGAGACAAAACAAGAAGAUAGUAGAUCAAAAACUAAUCACAAGCUAAUUGCGUUCUCUUCUCCUUCUACUGGGUUUUAAAUCAAGAAACCAUGUCUGCAAGUGUACUAAGUGAUCCAACAAUGCUAAUUUCAACACCGGAGGUAAUAAUCGUCUCUCCGACGCCGGCAACACAAAUCUCCGGCGAUGAGCCAGAUUCGGUGACGUGUGACUGUUGCGGAUUAACCGAGGAGUGUACACAAUCGUACAUAGAGAUGAUCAGAGAGCGUUACAUGGGGAAAUGGAUCUGUGGACUUUGUUCUGAAGCUGUGAAGUAUGAAGUCAUACGAACAAAAAGAUUGCUAACUACAGAGGAAGCCAUGGCAAGACACAUGAACAUGUGUAAUAAGUUCAAAUCCUCAAGCCCACCUCCGAAUCCGACCGGACAUUUGAUCUCUGCGAUGAGACAGAUCUUGAGAAGAAGCUUAGAUUCACCAAGAAUGCUUAGAUCUAUGCCUAAUAGUCCUUCUAAAGAUGACCAAGAUUGUGUUUCUAAUGUUUUGUCUAGGUCCGAUAGCUGUUUCGCUAGUUUGACUUAAAAGCUCAUAAACCGUCGGUUUAGGACCCACCUGGAUAAAAUCCGGUUUUCAGAUUUGAACAUUUCGUCGGUAAACCAAAAUUUGGUCUCUGUAUGUGUUUUUGCCGGAUUUGUACUUGUGGAAAAUUUUGGGCUAAAGGAAUAAUUUGGUGCUCUGUUUCUUUCUUUUA